UUAUGUACACAAAUUAUACAUCGUCGUAUGUGGAAAAAUGGCACCGCUGAAGGAUGUUGUUUCUUUGUACAAACAUUUAAAGCAAGAAUGGCAAAAGGUUCCGUGCAAUUUAAAAAGAUGCGGCGAAAUACUUAAUCAAUUAAAGGUUGGUCUUACUCAUUUGAUGUUUCUUCCAACAUCUAAUAACACAGCAAGUCAGAAUGAACUGUUGAUAGCUCGUGAUAUUUUAGAAAUUGGUGCACAAUGGAGUAUAGUCACAGAAGACAUACCUUCUUUUGAACGUUACAUGGCACAAUUAAAAUGUUACUAUUUUGAUUACAAGUCUGAUCUUUUGGAAUCAGCAUACAAAUAUCAUCUAUUAGGACUGAAUCUGCUGUUUCUGUUGUCUCAAAAUCGUGUUGCCGAAUUUCACACGGAAUUGGAAUUACUACCUUCUGAUCAGAUACAAUCUAACGUUUAUAUUAGACACCCUUUAAGCUUAGAACAGUAUUUAAUGGAGGGAUCAUACAAUAAAAUAUUUUUAGCGAAAGGCAACGUACCAGCGGCAUCGUACAACUUCUUCAUAGAUAUUUUAUUGAAUACUGUGCGUGAUGAGAUUGGAGCCUGUAUGGAAAGUGCUUACGACAAGAUUUCGAUUCAAGAUGCCUCCAGAAUGCUUAAUCUAAAUUCAGAAAAGGAUGUGAAAGCGUUCGCGAUCAAAAAGAAUUGGAAUUUGGCCAAAGAUGGUUACUUUUACUUCGCAACUACGAACGAAAAGAAAGCUGAAGAACCAAUACCCAGUUCAGAUUUGGCUACACUAGCCAUAGAUUAUGCAAGAGAACUUGAAAUGAUUGUUUAAUAAACAUGUCUAUCAUCCUCUUGCUAUUUUAUAAAUAAAUACAAAUUAUCAUGUA